ACCCUCACCAUCACUCCAACAACAACAACAACAACAACAACAAUAUGGCGACUAAGAAAGUGACUACUGCACUAGCUGGGUUGGCUGUGGCACGCAAUCCACAUCAUUCACUUGGCGUAUUGUAUGGCAAAAUUAUGCGGUGUCUACAGAAAAUGCCUCCUGAUGCUGCCUAUCGUAAAUAUACAGAACAAAUAAUCAGUGAACGAAGUGCUCUCGUAAAAACGGAACCAGAUGUGUUUAAAUUAGAGAAGGCCAUCAACUGUGGUCAAAUUGAGGAAGUGAUUCAGCAGGCUGAAAAUGAAUUGUCUUUGGCACGCAAAAUGUUGGAGUGGAAGCCUUGGGAGCCUCUUAUUCAGGAACCAGUUCCAAAUCAGUGGAAAUGGCCAAUUUAAACAUCAAGCAACCCAAAAGAUUUAAAUAAAAACAUUAAUUUUAUGCAGGAUUAUUCAUGUUUGGGUCUAAAAUAAUAAGUAAUAAUAAUAAUAAUGAUGAUAAUUUAUGAAAAUUAUAUAUUUGCAAGUUUUCCAAUGUGAAUUAAGAUUUUCCAAAUUGCAAUCUCAUGUAUAAAUAAAUAAUAAUUUGAUUUUGCAUUAAAUAGCUUUACCAUGUACUGUAUUUGCAACUUUAAAAAUUUAAAAAAAAUUAAUUUGCCUGUGAAGAUAAAUAUUUUAGGAUAUAGACCAUCAUAAGUAGAAGUGCAAUUUAUUUUGCAAGGUGCAUAAUGACCCCCUGAAAUGUUUUACUUUUGUGUACAUGUGUAAAUAAUUUAUCAAUGUCAAACUAAUAUAUUUGAAAGGUUUAUUGUCAUGGGUAAACUUAUCUCUUGUUUAUAUGGUACAGGUAUAUAACAGUUACUGAUUUAUCUCAUUUCUGGCAUUUAGGUCUAGUUUGUGUAUAAAAUGUUUUGUAUAUAGUACCACAAAUGAAUGAAUGAUGUAU